AUGUAUAAAUCGUGUUCACUGGAAAUGAGAAACAGUUCCAAAGCACCUGAACAGAAGCUCGUAUUAUACCGUCUUGCAGCAAUGGAACCAUUUCACACAGUAGACCAGCCAUUUUAUCUUAAUUAUCACAGUCUUUUGGUGGAUAGUCUUAACUGGGCUCACUCCAGUUGCCUUUAUAAUGGUUAUAUUGACAAGCAACCGAAUACCGAAUAA